CACAACGGUUUUCUGUACUCCCGCAACAGGUAUCCAACAUACCGCAACACCUCUCCGCUAUUCCACAAAAAAUAUCCAGCAUUCCACAAAGGAUUUCCAGCAUUCGGACACGUCUUAACCAACUUAAGCCUGAGCAGGAUGCCCAAGCAGCAACCGCAGCAGAAUAGAGAACUGGAGUUGGACCAUCUCGUCCGCCAGUCUCCUCUCCACUCCCCCAGGACCCCCUCUCCUUCCUACCCAAGCUCCGUCCUAGACCACCCCAACGUGCCCUCGUACCCCCGUCUGCCACCCAUCACCCCUUCCAGGCAGUUGUCAGGUGUCUCCAACCCUGCCUUACACAUUGAAGAUGAUUCCAACUCUGCUAGACCCUCAGUGAGCUCCAGACUGAGCGUGCACCCGGCCGUGAAUGUAGAAGAUGUUGAUUCUGACCGAGGUAAAGGUGGAAGGAGAUCUCGUCCCAUACCAUUAAUCAUAAAACCACAAGAACCCAACCUGAAGACCCUAACUGUACCUGGUGUUCGCAAAGCCACCCGCACCAGAGACAGAAAACCACAAACAAUUUGGAACAAGAUCAAGAGACUCUACUCUCAAGAUGAUGAGGAAGAGGAGGAAAUAGAAACCGCAGUCAGGGCCUGGCCGAGCCAAAGUAGCAUCUCCAGCGCCGAUGGCGGGUACCAAAAUAAAGAUUCUCAUAAAUGCAAAAUUCACAUGCUUAAUCAACGGCCCGCCUCUUCAGCCAGCCAGGCCAGCACAGUAGUGAACGAGAGGUUGCAGGAGCUGGUGAAGCUGUUUAAAGAGAGAACAGAGCGUGUCAAGGAGAAACUAAUUGAUCCAGAUAACUCGGAUGAUGGGACACCACCUGCCUCUCCAGCUAAGCAAGCUCCAGCGCCCCCUCCUGAGCCUCCAGCAGAGCAGAAAACAGAGCAGGAGGUUCCCGAUACCACUGUUGAGAAAGAAGAGGAAAAAACGACGGUCCUAUGCUGUAAGGUCAAACCUCAGUCCAGGCUUGCUCGAUUUCUGCGCUACCGUUUCCCAGCUAGCAUCGACCCCUUUACUAAUUUGAUCUACGUGCUUUGGCUGUUUUGUGUGUCUUUGGCGUUUAACUGGAACGUGUGGAUGAUUCCCGUGCGUUGGGCGUUCCCUUAUCAAACCCCUGAUAAUAUCCAUGUAUGGCUGUUGAUCGACUACAUAUGUGAUACCAUUUACAUUCUGGACAUCUUGGCCUUUCAACCCCGACUGCAGUUCGUGGAACAUGGGGACAUUGUGAGCAGCAAGAAGGAAAUGAGAAAUAAUUACACCAAAGCUUUACGAUUCAAGCUGGACCUGAUCAGUCUUCUUCCACUGGAGCUUCUCUACUUCAAAACAGGAAUUAAUCCUCUCCUCCGCUUACCAAGGCUAAUGAAGUUUAUGUCUUUCUUUGAGUUCAACAAACGUCUGGAAGCUAUCUUGACCAAUGCAUACGUUUACAGAGUUAUUCGAACCACCACGUAUCUGCUGUAUGCUGUCCACUGUAAUGCUUGUCUUUAUUACUGGGCCUCAGCUUUUGAAGGUCUGGGUGUUUCCCAAUGGGUCUAUGACGGACAGGGAAACAGUUAUAUCCGCUGUUACUACUUUGGCGUUAAGACUUUGCUCACCAUUGGUGGCCUGCCGGAACCCACAACACUUUUUGAGAUUGUGUUUCAGCUCAUCAAUUACUUCAUCGGAGUCUUUGUGUUCUCUAUUAUGAUUGGUCAGAUGAGAGAUGUUGUUGGUGCCGCCACAGCCGCUCAGACAAGCUAUCGUGCUUGCGUGGACAACACAGUGAAAUACAUGGCAUCUUACAACAUUCCUAAGAAUGUGCAGAACAGAGUAAAAACCUGGUACAGCUACACGUGGCAGUCCCAAGGCAUGCUGGAUGAACAAGAGUUGCUAGAUCAGUUACCUGAUAAAAUGAGACUGGACAUUGCUGUGGACGUGAGCUAUAACAUUAUCAAUAAAGUGCCACUUUUUCAGGGUUGUGAUAGACAGAUGAUCUUUGACAUGCUGAAGAGACUCAAAUCUGUGGUGUACCUUCCAGGAGACUACGUCUGCAAAAAGGAUGAAGUGGGCCGUGAGAUGUACAUCAUUAAAGCUGGGGAAGUCCAGGUAGUCGGUGGUCCGGAUGGAAAGACGGUGUUUGUGACCCUGAAAGCAGGAGCGGUGUUCGGAGAGAUCAGCUUGCUGGCAGUGGGAGGAGUGAACAGACGUACGGCUAAUGUCAUAGCACGUGGUUUUGCUAACCUCCUCAUCUUGACCAAAAUGGACUUGAAUGAGAUCAUGGUGCACUACCCGGAGUCCCAGAAACUUCUCCGCAGGAAAGCAAGGAAAAUGGUGACAAAAGAUAAAAAGCCAGCUGAGAAGAAAGAAGAAGAGAAGGAGUCCGUCCCCAUUAUUCCUCCUCGUGCCGAGACACCCAAACUGUUAAAGGCAGCAUUGGAGAUGUCUGAGAAAUCAGGCAAGAAAGGAACAUGGACCAAGUUGAAAGAAAGAAGCAACAGAUCAAGUGUCUCCUUACAGCGUUCCAUCUCUUCAACUGCGACGCCCAACUCGCCCGCCCAUGAACCAAACUCAGAGCAGGAACCAGACGCCCUGUCUCAGAUAUCAGACAGCUCAAUGCAAAUCCCUACGACCCCCACCGGCUCUGGAGAUGGGAAUGUAUUUGCUGAAGAUGGCCCAAAUGAGGAGGAAGCAAAGUAGAAAUGUGUGAAAUAGCAGAUGGUGUGAAGUCAGACACGGACAUGAUCUCAGGAGUCUUCAUCUAUACAGCCUGCACAAGAAGCUAUUCUAACAGUAAUAAGGUGUUUAUACUUUAUAUAAGCUGUGUAAAGCGUAAUAUUUACUAUUAAGAUUUACCUGAGUUAGUUUAUGUUUAUUUUGUUGUCAGAAGCUAGUUCUUUUUAAAUACAAAACUGCAAUAAACAUGGUUUGCUGAUAAAGUAAUUUCCCUUUUGAUAAAUGAUAAACUCAAACUGCUGACAAAGGGGUGUUGUGUGAAUGAUCACAAAUGAUCCGAUUUAACUGUCUUACAAGAGAUGUGUGCCUUAAUAAAGCUUGAACACUGUUACACACCAUACACACCCUUACACCUCUGUGCAAACUCAUCGGGUGAUGACUUCACUGCCAAUAUUAAAGCAGUUCUGUAGCAUUUUUGGACCGGAGUAGUUGUCACAGUGUGUCAGAAUUGUAUGUCCUUUGACCCGGCGUAUGUGACUAUUGACAAGUCUUACUGAAAAUUUACUUUUCUGCUAAUAUGUAGGAUUUGUUGGCCCGAGAAACAGCGUGCUGAAUAUUUUAGGAUGGAUUGUUUAGUGUAUGAAUAAAUCUGUACCUAACCCCGUACCUCUUCCAGCCACAAUUUGUGUAUUGGAGUCAUGCAGAUUUAUGGCGAUACACAAAAAGUUUAGCAGAUGUAAUGUUUGAUACAUACAUGCAUAAGUCAUAUUACCAGGUUUUCUGUGGAUCAUCUGUUUGUUGGAUCAUCUGUUUGUUGUUUUGAAGACAAUGGUGUUAAAGUGUUUUUUUUUCACUGUUCAUGAUAUCCAGAUGUUAUUUAAUAAAUUAAAUUUAUUAGUUGGAAAUAUUGUACUGCCAAUUAGCAAAAUAAAGUAAAAGUUUGUAAAGUUAAUAUAGAAGCUUUUAAAGUCAUUGAUUCAAGUUGAUAUAGAAGUUUGAAAAUCAAUAGCGUCCCAAAAUGGCUCUUUUUUAUUUACAACCGGUCUGAUUAUUUUGUUUUCAGUUCUUUAAGCCCUGUAAUUAAUCCUAAAGUCUAAAAGAAAAUAGUAUAGCUCUAUUUAUUUAUUUACCUAUCAUGCUGGACAAUCACUUGUAAAAAACAACAUAAAGCUACAAGUAUAUGAUGUACAGUUUUUUUGUAUAAUAUUAAUUUAUUUGUACAUUUUGCUAUCAUUUAUUACUACAUAGUUUUACUAAUUUUAUUAUGUUGCUGUUAGCAUGUAUUUUGGUUCUUUUGAAGGCCUAAAAUGUUUUAUGGCCCGAGUGAUUCCUUCCAGAUCUGUAGAUAAUUCAAAUAGAUGUAAAUAAAAGUAUGACUGUUAACUUUACUACUACUAUUGGUAUUGUACAGUAUAAACUGACGUUGAUUGACUUCGUAAGAAAUGGUUAAGUUGGAAUGUUGAAUAAAAGUUUAUUCAUUGACUA